GCACUGUUAAUCAGUGAUUGGCCAAUGGAGAAUUAUGAAGGUCAGUUCAUAAUAAAGAUCCAAUAAGAAUGGCCGCCGCACUGGGAAGCAAGUGUUUUACAAAAACAAGAAGUUUUCCCAUUCAAAGGAUUUCUCGAUUUGUGACAAGUUCACCAGCACAACAAGAUAUUAGCGAAGGAUGGCUUCGCAAACUUCUUGUGAGAAAAAUCGAGCCCACCAAAGAAUCACAUUCCCGUAUGCUGUCCGAUAAAGAAGUGAUUUAUGCACUUCAUACGCACAAUAUCCGCCCUGACUCAAUUGACAAGUAUCUUUCUAACUAUCAGGAAAAUGUGAAUCUUAUUCAUUCGAAAAAAUCGGAAUUACAUUGUGAACUUGUUGGUUCAUGGACUGUUGAAGUUGGUGAUCUUGAUCAAGCUCUUCAUUUGUGGCAAUGCACCGGAGGCUUCGAGCGUGUUGAUCGAGCACAACUUUUCUUUUCUCAAGAUGCUGACUAUCAACAAUUGUUGAAGGAACGUGGCAAUUUUUUAAGAUCACGACAUUUACAAUAUCUUCUUGCAUUUAGUUAUUGGCCACAAAUUUUAAAACGUGAUCCAUCAAAUAAAUAUGAAAUUCGAAGUUAUAGUUUAAAGCCAGGAACAAUGAUUGAAUGGGGAAAUAAUUGGGCGAGGGCAAUUAAUCAUAGACGCAAUAAUGAUGAGGCAUUCGCUGGAUUUUUCUCACAAAUUGGACGACUCUACAAUGUCCAUCAUAUUUGGUGUUAUAAGGAUUUACAAUCGCGAAAAGAGACACGUGAAAGCGCGUGGCGUUCACCAGGAUGGGAUGAAUGUGUAGCAUACACUGUGCCAUUAAUUCGAGAAAUGCAUUGUCGAAUUUUAAAUCCAACUUCAUUUUCUCCAACAAAGUAAACAAAAAAAAAGUCUAUUUAAUUCUGGUCAAAAUUUUUUUUUUUUUUUUUUUUCCUCUGCAUUUGUAUAAAUAUAUUACAGAGAACUAAUCUAUAAUGAAUUUCUGUAAUAUUGUAUAAAAAGAAAGAAAAAAAAAAGAAAAGCAAUUUAGGGCUGAUUUUAAUUUUAUAAAGAGAAAAUUCAGUUUGCAAAAGUUAUAAAAAAAAGGAAACCAAAAAAAAAAAAAAAACAAAAAAAAAUUAGAAACACUAAAUGAAGUGAAUCAUGUAAAUUGAAUUUCCUACUCAAUUGUUGCUUAUUGAAGCAUUGAGGGAUAAUUAUGUAACAUAAUAUACAUAUAUAUACAAAAAAAAAAUUACUCUUUUAUUAAUAAACAAAAGAAAAUAAUUUUUUUCCUUUAAAUAAACUUUAUUCUAGUUUAAA